CACACCACGUCCUACCAGCCCCUGGACGGUGGUGUCCAGUGCAUAUCUGGCCACCAUGGGGGCCCUGGAGCCCUCCUGGUGCCUUCUGUUCCUUCCUGUCCUCCUGACUGUGGGAGGAUUAAGUCCCGUGCAGGCCCAGAGUGACUCUUUCCCAAGAUGCGACUGUUCUUCCGUGAGCCCGGGUGUACUUGCUGGGAUUGUUCUGGGUGACCUGGUGCUCACUCUGCUGAUUGCCCUGGCCGUGUACUCUCUGGGCCGCCUGGCAUCCCGAGGCCGAGGGACCGCGGAAGGGACCCGGAAACCACACAUUGCUGAGACUGAGUCACCUUAUCAGGAGCUUCAGGGUCAGAGACCAGAAGUAUACAGUGACCUCAACACACAGAGGCAAUAUUACAGAUGAACCCACCCUAUGCCCAUCAGUGAUCUGAUGCCCGGAUCCAGUCCUUCCAGAUGCCUACUCAACAAGCCCUCCCUGGGAUCAGGACUCCCGUUGGAAUACAGAUCCACAGGGUGCCUCCCUGAGAUAUCUGACCUCUACCAUUUUUGUCCCCAAAUAAAAGACGGAGCAAA